AUGAAAUGCCUCAACCUAAGACAUCUUGGAUUUUUAAUUGACAUAUGCAUUAAAUCUAUUGAAACUCGGUUUUCGAUAUAUUUCGAGAAUAAUCCUCAAUCAGAGAUGGCUAUAAUAGCCACAACACUUUUACCAAAGUUUAGGCUAAGAUGGCUAAAUUCGUUUAAAAAUACGAAUUUUAUUCUUCAAGAGAAUCAAGUAAAAAAUAUGGUGUUAAAGGCAGCAAAAGAAUUUGUAAGUUUUGAAAACUAUGCCACACGUGAAGUGAUAGAUGAAGAGGAAAAUGAAGAUUUUUUUGAAUUAAGCACUGUAUCAGAAAUAUAUACAGAAAAAGAAGCACCGUCAGUUUCUCACGAAUUUGAAUGA